CCUUUCUCGCUAAGGCAGAGCCGCUGGCUGAGUUUAGCCUGGGACAGAGACUUCCCUAGAGCAAAGCUCACUACUAUAAAUGUUUUAAACGCAGAGGGGUUGCUUUGGAGGACUUAGUUUUAAAAUUUCGAUUUGUUAAGUUGUAUCUCGUCAGUUUUAACUCUAGUAAUGACUCAAGAAUAAUAAGUAGGUGUCCAGAACUGUGGCGGACUCUGGAGAUCCCAGAAUGAACAAACCAAGGUGCCGGAUCCCAAGGCCUUCUUAACUGGGUGUGUGAACUUGAAGGGGCAGAACACAGGAGACCGUCAUCUGAAAUCACCAUCUUACUUUAUAAAGAGGAAAAAGUACUGAUGCGCUGAGCAGUGAGCCGCCUGAGGUGCUGCACAGGUGUGCCUUGAGGUUCACCUGCGAGGGUUUCCUCACCCAAAUACAUAUCUCCGCAGGAGGUGUAUCCAUCUCACUGGCCCAAGUGAACGAGCCAUUGAUGUUAAAGCCGUUAUCACCAAAAGAUGAGCCAGGAGAUAUCUGUUGACAGUGUGGGCUCAGCGUUUUUGUCAUCUGGGCUACCUAUUCGCAUCUGAAGAAACUGCUCCUUGGAGAAAUCUUGAGGAUUUCUAAGGAAACCUGUUCAGCUGACCUGAGUUUGGCGGAUUUUUGCGCUGACUGGGAGGCGAGUAAGCACACAGCCUGGAGAAGGGGGAGUGAUUCGGAGCUGGACAGAGCAAGCUUCCUGAACGCCCCAGCCAUUCAGCUGAUCCGAGGCAGCCUGCUUGGAGGACCUACAGGUUUGCCUCUUCCAGAUCACAGCUGUGGAACACAGCCCCGUCCUGGGAAAAAUGGGGAAGCCGACACUUGAUCAGCUUCCUUGGAAUUUGCUGAUGACCCAAGAGAGCUUUGCCUGAAGAUGGAAACACUGGAGUCGGAGCUGACCUGCCCUAUCUGUCUGGAGCUCUUCGAGGACCCUCUCCUGCUACCCUGUGCACACAGCCUCUGCUUCAACUGCGCCCACCGUAUCCUGGUGUCACACUGUGCCACCAACGAGUCCGUGGAGUCUAUCACCGCCUUCCAGUGCCCCACCUGCAGACAUGUCAUCACUCUCAGCCAGCGAGGUCUAGACGGGCUCAAGCGCAACGUCACCCUGCAGAACAUCAUCGAUAGGUUCCAGAAGGCAUCCGUGAGCGGACCCAAUUCCCCCAGUGAGACCCGCCGAGAGCGGGCAUUCGACGCCAACGCCAUGACGUCCGCCGAGAAAGUCCUCUGUCAGUUCUGUGACCAGGAUCCUGCCCAGGACGCUGUGAAGACCUGUGUCACUUGCGAAGUGUCCUACUGUGACGAGUGCCUGAAAGCCACUCACCCAAACAAGAAGCCCUUUACAGGCCAUCGUCUGAUUGAGCCAAUUCCAGACUCACACAUCCGGGGGCUGAUGUGCCUGGAACACGAGGAUGAGAAGGUGAAUAUGUACUGUGUGACCGAUGACCAGUUAAUCUGUGCCUUGUGUAAACUGGUUGGGCGGCACCGAGAUCAUCAGGUGGCAGCUUUGAGUGAGCGCUAUGACAAAUUGAAGCAAAACUUAGAGAGCAACCUCACCAACCUUAUUAAGAGGAACACAGAACUGGAGACCCUUUUGGCUAAACUCAUUCAAACCUGUCAACAUGUUGAGGUCAAUGCAUCACGUCAAGAAGCCAAAUUGAUGGAGGAGUGUGAUCUCCUCAUUGAGAUCAUUCAGCAAAGACGACAAAUUAUUGGAACCAAGAUCAAAGAAGGGAAGGUGAUGAGGCUUCGCAAGCUGGCUCAGCAGAUUGCCAACUGCAAACAGUGCAUUGAGCGGUCGGCAUCACUCAUCUCCCAAGCGGAACACUCUCUGAAGGAGAAUGAUCAUGCACGGUUCCUGCAGACUGCUAAGAAUAUCACCGAGAGAGUCUCCAUGGCAACUGCUUCAUCCCAGGUCCUAAUUCCUGAAAUCAACCUCAAUGACACAUUUGACACCUUUGCCUUAGAUUUUUCCCGAGAGAAGAAAUUGCUAGAAUGUCUGGAUUACCUUACAGCUCCCAACCCUCCCACAAUUAGAGAAGAGCUCUGCACAGCUUCCUAUGACACCAUCACUGUUCAUUGGACCUCCGAUGACGAAUUCAGUGUGGUGUCCUAUGAGCUCCAGUAUACCAUAUUCACCGGACAAGCCAAUGUUGUUAGUCUGUGUAACUCGGCCGAUAGCUGGAUGAUCGUGCCCAACAUCAAACAGAACCACUACACCGUGCACGGUCUGCAGAGCGGCACCAAGUACAUCUUCGUCGUCAAGGCCAUCAACCAGGCAGGCAGCCGCAGCAGUGAGCCCGGGAAGUUGAAGACAAACAGCCAACCAUUUAAACUGGACCCCAAAUCUGCACAUCGAAAGCUGAAGGUGUCCCACGAUAACUUGACAGUAGAACGUGACGAGUCAUCGUCCAAAAAGAGUCACACACCUGAACGCUUCACCAGCCAAGGGAGCUACGGCGUAGCUGGAAACGUGUUCAUUGAUAGUGGCCGGCAUUACUGGGAAGUGGUCAUAAGUGGAAGCACAUGGUAUGCCAUUGGCCUUGCAUACAAAUCGGCCCCGAAGCACGAGUGGAUUGGGAAGAACUCUGCUUCCUGGGCGCUGUGCCGCUGUCACAAUAACUGGGUGGUGAGACACAACAGCAAGGAAAUCCCCAUCGAGCCAGCCCCCCACCUUCGGCGCGUCGGCAUCCUGCUGGACUAUGAUAACGGCUCCGUCGCUUUCUACGAUGCUUUGAACUCCAUCCACCUCUACACCUUCGACAUCACAUUCUCGCAGCCUGUGUGCCCCACCUUCACCGUGUGGAACAAAUGUUUGACCAUUAUAACUGGUCUGCCCAUCCCAGACCACCUGGACUGCACAGAGCAGCUGCCGUGAACACCUAACCGCAUGGAACUGCUUUCCGGGGAAUAGAAAGGGUCGUGGCCAUCAUUUAAGGGACAGAGAAAGCACGAGCUUCCAGAGCGUGAUUAAAUCUCUCCAAAAGGUGUCCAGAAAUCAGCUAAGAUAGGACUCAAAACAGGUGAUUCCCCGCUCUCCCUCUCACUGUGUUUUGUAUCAAGUACAGGCUUUAAUAAUUUCUUCAAAUCGUUUUGUAUUUGCAGGAAAAUUUAUAGAUUAUUUAUAAAAGAAACAUAACCGGGAUUACAACUCUUAGGAAUUCUUUGGUUUUGCACAAAAAGAGGCCCAUACAUUUAUCAGCUUCUUACAAACGUUAUUUCAUCACAGUCUAUAACAGCACAAACAAAAUAUGCAACUACUUUAAAAAUAAAACAUAGGGACGUAAGUGGGCUUUCUUACUCUGGUUUAUUUUGAGGUGUUUUAACUGUGAUGUCCACAGGCUUUUAUUGGAUCAACUAAAAUGGAGAGCGAAAGAGAAAGUGGAAAGAAUUGAUUUUGGAGUUUGGAAUCUGCCUUAGCUAAAUCUUUAACUACCCUGCGAUGGCUGAUAGAAUACUGUUGGAAAGAAACGUUCUGAAACCUUUGGCCAUUUUUUUGCCCUGCUUUUCCCAGGAUUAAGGAUUCUGGGAGAGCAUUCUCUGGGAAAAAGGAGAUUACAAUUGAAAACAGUCACUUUGAAUCCUACUGAUUAUUCCAAAUUUCAAGCUGAUUUGUGUUUUAUCAGAAGUAGGAUUCUAUUUCAUGAUAUAAAUCCAUUUCAAGCUUCCUUUUAAUAGUUUCUUUAGGCCUGUGAAAUUUCUUUACUAUAUUUAAUAGCUGUUCUCUUCCCCCGCCCCCCACCACCACCCAAAUCAUUUUUCUUUUGUCACCUGGACUGAGGAAAUAAACAUUUUCUGUCACAAAUAGAAGCACCACUGUGGAUUGAUUUUGCUCUCCAGGACAUCAACCCAUGGCCCUGACCACCACUACCAUGUCCAAAUAUAAGUCACCCAAAAAACAAUAUUUAUAAGUUGGUAAUGACAAGGGAUGUUGCAUAAAGUACCAUUCACUAGUAUACGUGCCUCAAAAGUUGUUAUAAACAGACUUUUUAUUAAACAUCUUGAAAGAUGUAGAAAUCCCUCUGUAUAUUCUAGUAUAGUUUACCAUAGAGUUGUAAGACAAAAAAAAAAAAAAUCAAAUGCCCUAUCCCACGCUGGAACCUGUCAAAAGAUCCUGCUAAUAGAAUAUCAGAUGAGAUUCUUUGCUUGCUGAUCUGACACGUCAGAAUGGUCCAUGCAGUAGGCUUUCUCAAACAGUCCUUGGACCAAGAAUCUGGCAUUGGUUCUGCCUUGACAAAGGGCAUGACAGCUACAAAUCAUUUCAUUUGCUACAAUAUUUAUCUGGGCCACUGGGUCGGCUAUUUAGACUGAAAAGACUGGUAGAUUUAGGCAUUGUUUUUAGUGAUUUUGUUUUAACCAAAUCAACCGAUUGUUACCCCAAAAUCUGUCCAUAGACAUGUUUCAGCAUCACAUUAUGUGAUUUCAAGUCUGGACUUCAUGGGCAGCUUCCUCUUCGCUGGCAGAUGUUCACUUUUUUCGUAACAGAUAGAGUCUAUAUAUUUACUAUAUUAUUUAUACCCAGAUGAAUAUUUUGAUAGCUACUUAGGACAAUUUCACAUCUAAAAGACGGACACCUCAAUGAAAAAAAAAAAAACCUUCUCUGGACACUUAAUGUUUUUUCUUUUUUUUUCCAUAUAAAAACUGUGUGUUCGCUUUCCCUGAAUAAACUGAAAGGGUUGUCUUGGUAACUUUUACAUACUGUUUUUGGUAGCUGGUUAACGAAUAUUUUAAUGCAAUUUGUACAUUAACAGGUUUUAAAUAAAAGGGUCUAAAACUCAACUUCUGAGUUUUUUAAACCAUGGUCUCCAGGUACCAAUAAAUGCUAGUUUGCCUUAUAAUGUUCAUGUAAAGCAUUUAUCAGAAGGACAAUAUUUCCAUGAGUAUAAUGUUUUUCGAUAUAAAGCAGUUACUACUCAGAUUUUCACUGCAAGCUGUUUAGGUUAUGUUUUGAUUAUUUUUAUAAGGACAAGAGGGAUAAUGUUAUAAUUUUGUUAUGCAAGUCUCACUCUUUGCUAACUUAAAAAACAUUGUGAAUAGUAGCAGUCACUAUGUCCAUGUUGUCAUAUUUACAAGAAAUAUGUAUAUGGUGACAGACCAUAUUGUUUACUUUCAUUACUGUAAUGAUGUAGGGAAGAUUUCCAUGUGGAUUUUUGUUUUAAGUCUAAAAAAUAUAUCGCUAUAUACAUUUGCUACAGCACAAUUCUUUAAAUGGAUUGGGGUCAUAAUAUCUUGUUUUUGAAGUCCUUACUUCACAGGGGAGAAAGAGGUGCUGGUGCCAAUUAAAUUAAUACAACAAAAUUGAUGCAGUGCCAACCAAGGCUGACAGGUCCGACAUAUGGUUGUGUGAACAGCGCUGUCGCCAUCUUGAAAUUCUUAAUACUUUUUGAACAAAGGGCCUGCGUUUUCAUUUCGCAAAUUACGCAGCCGGUCCUCAUAACAAAACUCAGAAACGUGGUACCUGUCUUCCUGGUGGAUACAAAUGAAGAAACCCGGAUCCAAUGUCAAAAAUGGCUGGCCGUAUAAUUCAAGGAGGAAUCUAAAUGGAUGAAGAUGAUAAUCGGCCUGGGUGAAGAUUACAGCUUUAAAAGAAAAUGACUUCACAAACUGACUGCAAAUAUUGAUGGUUUCCGCUGGAGAAGAGGAAAAGGCCAGAUGACAAACAGGCAUUUUAUUAUGGUACUGAUAUUGACCGUAAACUUCCUGAGGAACUGAACCAGUGCCGUUCAGUGAACGUGGAAUCCCAUUUUGGCUCCAGGCACAUUUGCAUCGCCUGCAGAGACACGCAUAUGUGCUCACAUGUGCUUUUGCUGUUGGGAAGUUGAUCUAUCUGGUCGACCCUUAUAAGCUGUUAAAGAGAAUGCGAAAACAAUAAUGGGGGCAGGGGGAUGUUUUUAAAACAGUGCUUCUCAACAGGGGGGCAAUUUGGCAAUGUCUGGAGCCAUUUUUGGUUGUCUCAGCUUGGGAGAGGGUGCUAUUGGCAUCUCAUUGGUAGAGACCAGGGAUGCUGCUCAACAUUCUACAGUACACAGCACAGUCCUCCAUGACAAAGAAUUGUCCGACCCAAAAUAUCAGUAGUGCCGUAGAUAAGAGACAAACUCUUGUUCUUUGGUGGGGGGAGGGGGGGAGUUUAAAAGUCAAUGCCUGACAUAUCAAAAAGAAAAAAAAAGAAAACGGGACACCAAAACCUUCACUGCAGUGGCUUUUCGCUUUUAAAAAUAUUGACAAAAAUCGUUACAAAAUCCGAAAUCGGAAAAGCAAUCCAAACCAGUGUCAAUGGGAGUCCACUGAUAAGUGUCACGAAGAUCUGGUUGUGAUUUGCUGAGUUUGUAAAUGAAACGUCGGUUCUCUAUGCUGUUCCUUUCACCUGAACAAAUUCGAUCCCUGGUACUUGAGUCACGCUGCCAAGCCCUCCCUCAGCCCAGACUGUUCUCUCCAUUGCUGUUGCUUUCUGGUUCAAAAUAAAAAUCAUUUUUGUGGUUCUGAG